UUUACUUUCUUUCGCAGGGCAGGCGGGCGGACCCGAUGGACCGGCGAGAGAGAACAAGAGCUCUUGAGCCAGAAGAGGCCCGAGGCGACCGGAGAACACACGCUAUUUUACAGAGAAAAGAGGAAGAAGCUGCAGCAGGCACCGCGAGCAGGCGACAUGCAGAAAGCUGAGACGGUCAUCGACGAGGAGCAGAUGAACAUGCUCCGCAGAGCGUUUUCCAUGUUCGACUCUGGAAAGCAGGGCAAAAUCGAAAAGGAAAAGGUCCGCACGAUUUUGAACACUCUGGGACACACAUUUGACGACCUGGAGCUGGAGGCCCUCUUGGAGGAGCAGGAUAAAGAAGGAAUCGGCAAGCUGAACUUUGACUCGUUCUGCCGCGUGGCAUCACACUUCCUGGACGAGGACGACGAGGUGAUGCAGAAGGAGCUGAAGGAGGCUUUCCGCCUGUACGACAAAGAAGGCCACGGCUACAUCCCAACAUCGAGUCUGCGCGAAAUCUUGGCCGCCCUCGACGACCAGCUCACACCAGACCAGCUGGACGAGAUGAUCGCAGAAAUCGACACGGACGGAUCGGGAACAGUCGACUUUGACGAAUUCAUGGAGAUGAUGACCGGUGACUAAACGACUUCUCCAAUUAUUAUAUGCGGCGGCAAUAAAGUGUCAAAAUCACGCGCAA